AUGGUUCAGAUGUAUGUUCUUCCAUUUUUGCCCUCUCAACAAAAUUGUUCCCGCUCCACUCGAUCGUUCCUCCUCCCGCCUCCUCCCACUCGAUCGUUCCUCCUCCUGCCUCCUCCCACUCGAUCGUUCCCGCUCCACAGCCCCCUUGCUGUCGCGUCGUCUCCCACACAAGCUGUUGCGUCGUCUCCCACACAAGCUGUUGCGUCGUCGCCGGUCUGCAAAUCGCCACCCCCACCCUCUCGUCGCCGGUCUGCAAAUCGCCACCCCCACCCUACGAUCGUCGGUAGCCGCCGCUCGUCGCCGCCUCUCGUCGCCGCUGCACGUCGCCCCCCGUCGCCGCUGCACGUCGCCCCCCGUCGCCAGUCGCCUCCCGUCGCCAGUCAAAGGUAA